CGGCGACAGCGGCGUGUGCACGCUCGCCGGGUUGAAGUUGUUCGCGCGGCAGCAGAGGCCCGAGGUGCAGUUCGCCUCGGACCCCGUGGCGUACCGUGGGUCCAGGUGGAAAUCGGACAUGUGCAGCACCUUCAGGGUUUUGCCGCUGCGCUGUUUCGGCGGGGGCAGCGGAUUGGGCUUCGGCUUCGCGAACCACGACGUCAGAUUCAGAGGCGACGCGGGCGGCAGCGGGCAGAGUCCUUUGAUGAAAUUCUCGCAGAGCAUCUGCGAGUGGGAGUAAGGACGGAUCUCGAGCCAAAGCGGAAGCUACACGCACCUGCCCGUCGUACCCGCCGACAUUCGCAUUCGCAACGACCUGCGUGACAACACCCCCCAGCGCCAGCGCCCCAAACGACUGCUCGCACGUCGUCGAGAAGUUGAAGUGCUCGCACAGCCGCACCGCGAGCGCCGGGCCCUGCUGCGGCGCCGCGAGCGACAUGAACUUGGCGACCUGCAGCGCGGCCUGGCAGCCCGCGCACGUGUUCGCGGUGUACAGCGGGUUCGCCGCGAUCGCGAGGAUCUGCGCGUACGCCUGCUCGAGCAGCUGCGCCGCGCUUGCGGCGUCGGGGAGCGGGUGCGGGUCGGCGGUGUCGCUUUGCGGGAUGUUGUCCGGGCUCGUCAGCCCGAGCUUGUACGUCACGCCCUGCGGGGAAGGGACUCCAUUCAGGGGCUAGAUCUAACGCGUCUCCGAGUCAGGCUGCUCACCGUCUCAACGGGAUCCUUGAUCACGGGUUGGAGCUGCGCGCGCGAGAAUCAAGGCGUGAGCCGCUAUCUACUAUCGCGCGGGUGCGCGGCCUACCUGCGACGCCGUCUGCGUCGGGUUGUUGUAGUACUUGGUGAACAAGGACGUGGGAAACGCGCCGGCGGCGGUGAACGCCGACGGCGCGGAGGCCGACGGCGCGGAGGCCGACGACGCAGCCGCGACCGACGGCAGCAGCACGCACAACGAGAGCCCCGCAGAGGUCCACAUGGUGAGUUAAAGUCAAGCACGGCCGGACGCAAGGCGGUAUUAUAUAUAUAUAUAUAUAGUGGCGACAGCGCAUGCAGGCCCACGAACGUGGCCGUCGAAGGUACGAUGCGCGUCGGACGAUCACAUGCUAUGCUAUCAUCCCCCCAGGAUAACAUUUCUGCAGCCAGAUUUGACGCGAACGGGGGCCGCACUUGGGACUCUCGUGGGAAUGAACGACAUUGAAGGUGUUGUGCAUACGCGUCGAGGUGCACUGCUGUAGGUGCACAUUCCAGUCUACGUUAUCUCAUAUGCAAACACGAUCUACUUUGAGCCCACGCCCAGAAGAUAUUGAUGAUGCGACAGCCAGCACUCGAAGUGUGAUCACUGUCAGCUCAGUACAUGGGAACGUGAGCCCCGAGGAAAUGUUCCCCGACUGUUAGCUGACAAGUGGGUUGGAUGAGGAUCGUUGCCGAGACGUGGGAUUUUGAAAAGUCCCAAAGACCAAUCAGGAUACUGUACAUGCAGAGAGUCUCCUCGAGGCAUGCAUGGAGCGUCCAAACUCAGCGAGGUGGUAGUGCAUCACCAUGAAGCUUCUCCCCGCUCGUCUAUCUAUUUCGAGCACAGAUGCGAUCAGAGUCGUUACGCUGCCAAGUGCGUGCGGGAAGGCAGCAGGGGGCUGUUGGAGUUGGAGUCGGGCACAUCAUGCGACGCGGUGGAGGAAAGUGGAGUGGAGUGUGCGAGGGCCGGGGGUUUCUGCCUGCGAAGCCGUCCACAGAAGAACGAGCGAUCUCGGGUGUUUAAGCGAAGGGAUGGGCUUGAGCUUGGUUGCGCUCCCAGAGCUAGAGAGAUGCGUCCUGUUUCCCUUCCUGGACGUAUACAAAGGGUACGACUUCAACGGUGGAUCGGAACGCGGAGCCGGGGGGGACAGAUCCUGGCAGGUCACGGCGACCAGUAGCGACCAGUCUUGUUUAACGAAUGUGUGACGCGUUACAGUUUGACAGCUGACCGUAACGGGCUUGAGUCUUGACACACGCCUUUGAUCCGGAGCCAUGACGUCGACUAAAGCCACAUUGAAGUAUCGAUUGCAUCGACCAAGUCCAUCAUCUCCGUGAAAUCAUCUCCGUGAAGACUCUGCACGCGCAUCGCAGGCGGUCUGUUUAUCCAUUCGGCUGCCUGUGGUGCCCGCCGGCCGCGAAGGGACUGUUUCGUGAUCCUCCAAAUCUUUAGUCCGUUAUCAUGCCGGCCGUGUUUGGAGUGGGGCUGCAAACACGCCUGUGCUGCGCCCAGCCCAGGACGACGGGGACACGGCACCCGCAGAAGCAUGAGCAUCCGUCGGCCACUCCGCACCGUCUCGCUGUUAAUUUUUAGGGCGGUCGGAAGCACCAGAUUCAGCUGUGGAGCAUCUUUUACGGAUUUUAACGCAUGCUGCUCGCUUGAGUAAUAUUGGCAACCGCACCGGAACAGCUAUAAAGUGUGUGUGUGACCCGUCUCUGCUUGUCACCACCAUCUUCCUCCCCCUCCACCUUGCAUGUCCUCUGGGACACGCGGCAUCCUCCCUGACGAGGCAGCGAACCCCGACCUGCACCCCGUCGUUCUUUAUUCCCGCGCGUUGCAGACCUAUACCCUGCGGUUGUGGACCGAAUGCCUCAAAGCCGCUGAGGAGCGCAGGAGGGCCGAGACUCAGACGUCCCCCGCCCGUAGAUUGGAGCUUCAGAGGGAGCGAGGCGCGACGACAUCGUAAUCGUCGUGAGUCGGUGCAAUUCGGGAUGCUCAAUGUCCACUGGGGACAACCGACAACCAACCGCCUGCUCAUCCAUGCUGCAGCGUCCCUGCGUCUGCCGUUUGCCCAGAUCGGCUGUGCUCCCCACUCCCGCGCGUCAAGGCGAUCCCUUCAGGAUGCGGCUGGGAAUCCCGCAGUCGCCGAAGCUAUGCUGGGGGCCGUCUGGUGACCGACUGUUCCGCGCGCGAUGCGUUUCCGAAACUUGGGCUCUUUCUCAUUCCGUGAUUCGGCGCCAAGACGUCUGCUGCCUGCUUUGCCUCACUGCCUCGCGGCUACGACGACGACGACGGCACGUAUGCCACCCCCGAUCCGUUGCUCCACCAUCCCCAUGCCAUCGAUGUACUUUUAUCCAAGUCCAUACGCAUGUAUUGUUAUAUCCAACGCUUCCUCGGGUAUGACUUGGGCCUUCCCAUAUGUCUGCUGCUGCUCCGCGGAUUCUGAUCGGCCUGCUGCUUCGAACGGAUCCAAAUGCUCGGCGGUGGGGCCGUGUGCCAUGACAACCGUCACAUGUUAUUGUCAUCUCCGCAGAUAGCGUGCUCGUUCCAGCGGAAAGGCGCACACAAAACAUCUGCUUCCGAAUUUCUAAGACGAAGGAAAGAAAGAGGAAGGCUUUCAACUGACUUUCUCAGGCCGAGUCUAUUGCCCUUGGGCGUAUGGUUAUCAGUAAGUGCCAAAUAGGUGUCAGUUAGGUCAUGGUCAUGUGUGUAUGUAAAUAUCUCCACCAACUUGUUUCGCACUCCCACCUGCCAGCGGCUGUCCCGACACCCGGAAAGCCGGUGCCGCUCUUUCAUGUAACAUGUUCGAGCCGCCGAUAAUCAGGAUUGGUACCCGUGCGCUCUCCACGUCUCUGUCUAAGCAUCGACCAUCGCGAACGCCGUCAGCUCCACGAUCCCUCCUUCGAGCUGUCCACAUGCCGACGUCGCAACGCCCCUCCCCCACUGUGCCCCGGCCCUCCGCAAGCCUAAUCAUCGUCAACAGCCGGAACGAAGUGCUGUUCGUCCACCGCAACCCCGAGGCGCGAUCCUUCGGCGGCGUCCAUGUUUUCCCCGGGGGCAACUUCGAUCCGGCGCAAGAUGCGUCCUUGGCGGUGACAGCCAUCCGAGAAACUUUCGAGGAGGCUGGGCUGCUGAUUGCCUCGGGCCCGGCAUCGUCGCCGCCGCCGCCAGAUUCGGUCUUGGACCGCGCGCGGACGGAGAUCCAUGCCGGGAAGACGCCGUUCCAGAGCUUCCUCGCCGAGCACGAGCUCGAGGCGGACGUCAACAGCCUGCUGCCGUUCACGCAGUGGGUGACGCCCGAGUAUAUUCCGCGCCGUUUCCACACGCACUUCUUCGUGACCUUCCUGGACAAAGUAUCUGCCACGGGCUUCUCCAGUGGGGCCAAGCAAGAUCGGCUCCCCAAAUCCGAUGGGGGCCAAGAAGUCAUCGCGGCCCGCUUCCUGCACCCAGACGCCGUCCUUGCCGAGUUCGCAGCGCACAAGAUCACGCUCAUGCCGCCCCAGUUCUACCUGAUGCAGACCCUGUCCCCGAUACUCCGCGGCUCCGUCAACACGCGGGAGCAGCAGGAGCGCGUGGCGGCGCUCGGCCGAAGCGCGUUUGGGCAGCUGAUCAUCGAGCCUCGGCAGCUGGGGCCGCCAGAUGAACGCGGCCGUAUCACCCUGACGUACGUCGGAGACGAAGCGCGCGGCGGACCGGCUGGGCGUCGGCAUCGUGUUGUGAUUUUAGCAGGGAAAGGAGGCGUCACUAGUGAGAUAUUGAUGGAACGCAAUUUCGAUAUCUUUUCCGAGAGCGGCACGUUAUCGCCAUCGAAACUAUAAUCUUGACUUGGAUAUCUCGCACUCCAAUUCACAUUAUUGUAUCUGUAUGAAUAUACAAUCGAACAGAGGCAUCUACAUGCUCUCCUGGGACAGUCAUCAGCGAGUGGAGCAGACGAAAGGGGAGAAACUCACCAUAUCCUCAACCUCAGCCUGCAACGCUCGGAUCUGAUUCUCCAACGUCUCUCGUUGCUUGGUGAGGAGAUGGAGUCGGCGUGCUUCCAUCUUGUGCGAUGCCGAGGUGCCCACGAUAACAGGCCGGGCAGUCCGCAGCUGUGCGGUAUCCACCUGUGGAUCCCUGUCACAGACGCACAUACCAUGCAGGGCAACGCACCGACCUUGGACUGCAGGAUCGCUUCCUUCUUCUGCAACGAAGCGAGACCCUGCUGUGCAAGGUCGAGAAGUUCGCUAAUCGCGGGCUCGAUUUCGUCCGCCAGUUCCAUCUUGUAUCUUCGGACAGUAUCAUCGCCGACCAGAAGGAAGACCUGUGGUGCGAACCGGCGAUCUCAAUCGUCGCUUGUCGCUAUGUGGAGCAGAGCUCUCUCUCACCCGCUGGCUCUCCAAGAUCUUGUUCAUUCUCGGCAAGUCCCUCGUGCCCUCGUACAGAAGCGUUUCGGCUGCGUGUGCCUAACGUUUGUCGAUCAUGUCUCCGCAAGCGGUGAAGAGCGGCGCACCUCUUCACAGCAGUCUUCCAAAAUCGACACGCACUCUUCGAGGCUGGGGGGACAAACAGCCUGUAUAUCUCCGCGAUACAGAUCUGAGCCUCCAGCGAAUAUAGACUCUCGGCCCCGCAAGUUGGCUCGGGAAAGACGUGACGACAUCGCGGUUGCGGACAGAAAGUGGUGAACGCGUGGUGUCACGCUAGCGCGUGAUCGGGACGGUCACCGGCAAUAACGCGUGUCGCCGUGACCAAUGUCACCGAGGUCGUAAGCGGUCCGGGCCACGACCCUUUCGGCUAGUCCCUGCAAGCGCGCAUCGAUGAUCUCCCACCUGUGCUUCUCGCCCCCAUGGCUGCAACGCUCUCCACCGCGCUCCUGCUCGCCCACCUCGACACGCCCGGUGCGCAGGACCGGGCGCACCAGCUCAUCCUCGAGUCGCGCGCCAUCAUCGCGCGGCUCGACGCCCAGAUCGCAGAUCUCGAGCAUCUCCGCGCACGGGAGCACCGCGUCAUCGCCGCGCUGCAGCUCAUCACCGCCCCCGUGCGCACGAUCCCCGUCGACGUCCUCGGGAAGAUCCUGGCGCUCGCGGUCGACGUCGAUGGGCCCGUGACGGAUGUGCUGGUCUUUGGGCAGGUGUGCAAGCACUGGAGAGAUGCGACGUUGAAAACGCCCCGGCUGUGGUGCCGGAUGCUGCCGAUUCCCAGCGCGAAGCGGCCGGGAGAGGUCAUGGUGGAUGCGACGAAGGUUUUUCUAGAGCGCUCUGCGCCGCUCCCAUUCCCCAUCUCGCUGGACUCGGGGCACGACUCGAGCGGAAAAAGCUUCUCGGCGCUCAUGGACGUUCUGUUCGCGGUGACGGAGCGGUGGCAGUCGCUGGCGAUGACGACCAAGUCGCUGCCAUCCCUCGCCCAGAUACCCACGGGAAGCCUGCGGGUGCUCGAGACGCUGGACAUCCGCCAUGUCGAGGGUGCGGGCAAGUACCCCAGCAUCAAUGCCUUUGCCACGUCUACACUCUUGCGGCGCGUCACGCUGUUCCAUGUUCCCGUGGUCACCACCAUCGCGAUUCCAUGGUGGCAGCUCACGCACAUCGCGUUGGCCCACGAAUCGCCGCAGCUGUGCCUGGACAUCGUCGUGCGCUGCACGCAUGCGCAAUCUGUGACGCUACGCGUCUCGGGGUGGCCUACUUCUGUUGAUCAUUCGGCGACAGUGGAGACCGUGACGUUGCCUCGUCUGGAGGAACUGGAGAUUCACAUCUCGAACACGUCCUCGGACGAGCAUUUCACUCCCUUCCUUCGGCGCCUAGUCCUCCCCGAGCUCAAAUUGCUCAAGCUGUACGGCGAAUACAACUCGGGCGUCAUCACCUGGUCUCCGGACGCCUUUACGACCUUCCAGCGCAACUCGCCACACAUCUCGCACCUGCAAAUCGACCAUUGCGCGCUGACUUCGGAGGAUCUCCUCACCGUCGCGCAGCAUGGAUCGAAUGUCACACGGCUGGAGGUGUACAACUGCUCCAACUGCAUCGACGAUGCGUUUCUCGCGUCGCUGCGCUACUCGUCGUCGUCUGCACAGCCCCCGGCACUGCCCAGACUCGAGGUUUUGUGGCUCUCGUCGCAGCGCUGCGAUUUUGAGGAGGCGACGCUGAAGAUGUUCGUGGAGUCCCGUUGGUGGACGGAGGAGGAGUUGGCGGGCAUGCCUGAGCGACCGAGUGUGUCCAGAUUGAACGACGUCCGCUACUCCAGCUCGCGCAAAUUCAGCAGGAAGUUCGAGAAGCGCAUGGAAGUUUUCCGGGUCGAGGGCUUGCAAUUCCGGACGUCAGUGAUAUGAGAUUAGAUUAGAUCCAGAUUACGUAUGUGUCUAGGUUAUGCACUUUGACCAUCACCUUCUACCUGCGGAACUGUGGCUCGAAAUCUUGGCCCAUCUGGCUGGGGAACCGUACACCAUCGACCAUGUUCCUUUUGAGACUAUUCCUGGAGUCUUCGAGCCACAGCCCACUCCGUUGAGCUCGGUGGUGCAAGUCUGUAGAACAUGGCGCACUUGGGCCAUCCCGCUUCUUUAUCGCGACCUCGAGAUGCCACAGAGCGUAUCGAAAAGUGAGGGACUUCUGAUGUGUGAAGAAUACGGGCAUUACGUCCAGCGCGCCGUCCUACCGUACUCGAGCACGGUCACAGAAUCCAUCAGUCCACCUCCCUCCACACGCUUCAUCGCGCUCUGUAGCGGUCUCAAGAUUCUGGUCCGGCCUCCGCACGCGGCCUCGCCUUUCGACCGAUGGCUGAAGUUCGAAUUCGAUGCUCCGUGCCCGUCCCUGGAGUCGGUGCGCAGGAUCGAAUGGUGGGGCCACGACAUGGCUUAUCGUACCGGGGGCAUCAACGCCCUCACGGCUGUGCUCAACGCCGCGCCGCACGUCGAGUACCUCUUCAUCGGAAGCACCCGGCGCCACUCUGUCACGCACGGGCUGGGGCUGGGGUCGGAGCGCGUCAGCCUCCCGGCCCUGCGCACGCUGCGGCUGCGCUCGUCGAACCCGCUCGUGCCGUGGUACAUCUGCCGCCGCUGGGCGCUCCCCGCGCUGCACACGCUCGUCGCGGACCGCGCGCUCACCGUGCAGGGCAUGGGCCAGAUCUGGGACGCCCUCGGCGCGCGGCUGGCGCGGGUCGAGUUCGGCAAGCACGUCGACUUUCUGUGGAACGACCACGUCUCCGCGUGCCUCCGCGCCUGCCCGUCGUUGCGCGAGAUCAACUACUACGUGUUCAUCACGAUGGCGCCGGCGCCCAACGACGAGGAUGGCACGCGCUGCUGCUAUCCGGCGGUCGAGCGCAUCGGUCUGAAUUUUGCGGACGUGCCGAUCCUGGGAGAGGGCUCGACGGAAUGGAUCCAUCUCAGCCGCCAUUUCGAUGCUUUGGUCAGCGGGAUGUUCCCGAACUUGGCGCUUUUGUGUAUCUGGGAAAUUUCGGCUACGAAGCGGGCGGACCGACGGCUGACACAGUUACUUGGCCGGCUGGAAUGUGCUGUACAUUUUGUAGAUGCGUGAAUCCAUGUCCUGUACGGUGACUCUAGCGCAGGUCGUGUGCUUGACAUCGGAGCCUCGGACCGAUCGCCAAUGUCGUCACUGUGUGUGUGCGACCUGGAGAUAACUCCCCGUGACCAAAUGGGGCGGAUGAUCCUCUCUCCGAUCAAUGAGCGUCUGCUUCCCACCAAUCCCUCCCCGCCAUUGGCUCUUGGCGAUGCAGCGGUCCGGACAGUUUCCCUGGCCAGCUGACCCCGUGUUAUCUGCAUGAAAUACACAACUGUGUUAUAAGAGACAUUUGAAGUUCCGGGGAUGAAAGCACGUCCAUGGCGGUACCGACGAAGUUCAAACAACUGCUCGUUAGCCUUUUGCUCGCUGGCUCGUCGAGUGCAGAGGAAUACACGGGACCCUACGCGCACGGCGGGUCCUGGAGGAAGGGCUUCGCCCAAGCAAAGGCUCUUGUGGACCAGAUGACGAUCCCCGAGAAAGUGAACCUAACGACGGGAUGGCCCGGCGCAUGCGCCGGCGGCACAGGCGAGGUCGCGCGCCUCGGCAUCCCCGUGCUCUGCCUCCAGGACGGCCCGAACGGCGUCCGCCCCGCGCGGAGGGCGUCGCAGUUCCCGACGGGCCUCACGGCGGCCGCGACGUGGAACCGCGACCUGAUCGCCACGCGGGGGGCCGCGAUUGCGCGCGAGUUCCGCGACAAGGGGGUCAACAUCUGGCUGGGGCCCGUGACAGGCGGUCCUAUGGGACGGAGUCCUCUGGACGGACGCGUUUGGGAAGGAUUUGGACCCGAUCCUUAUCUGCACGGUGUGGGAUCUUACUUGACCGUCAAAAGUGCCCAAGAGCAGGGUGUGCUGGCGUGUUCCAAGCACUUUAUAGGAUAUGAACAAGAGACAUUCAGAGAAGCCAACUACGGAAGUGAGAUCAAGAUUCCCAUCAACUCCGAAUUUGAUGACACGACUGCUCAUGAAUUGUAUCUGUGGCCCUUUGCCGAAGCCGUUCGUGCUGGCACCGGCACCAUCAUGUGCUCCUACAAUGAAAUCAACGGCACUCAUGCCUGCUCCAACGACGUUGCUCUGAACAAGUGGCUGAAGGGACAGCUCGGGUACCAGGGCUCAGUUAUCUCGGACUGGGGAGGCACCUGGGACACACUCAACUCGACUCUGAAUGGAUUGGAUCUUACCAUGCCGGGGCACGUCUUCUUCGAGGGAGCCAACUUUCCCAAUCUCUUCGGCGAUAAUCUGAUCGCCUUGGUACAAAAUGGAACUAUUCCCGAAGCACGUUUGGAUGACAUGGUUCUGCGCACGUUGGCUCCCAUUCUGCAGCAUCAGGACAUGAAGACAUUCCCCCGCCCCACAUUUGAUGUAUCCAACAUCCAGCUGCCCACGAACAACGUCCGCCGCGAUCACCACAAGAUCAUCCGGCAAGUCGCGCAGGAGGCGAUCACGCUCGUCAAGAACAACCGCACUGGCGGUGGCGCUCUCCCGUUCCCGGCCACUUGGGCGAUGUCCUCGCUUGCUGUGAUCGGGCAAGAUGCUGGGGCGGCGCCGUUUGGCGUGACCUCCUGUGGCGAGACAGACCAGACGUGUUGGGGCGGCAACAACGGCACGAUGACCAUCGGGGGAGGGAGCGCUUUUGCCUACCCGCCGUACACGAUCGAUCCCCUGGCAGCGCUCAACGCGUAUGUCGCUGCGGACGGACCGGAUAUCAACCAGCAUCUAGAGAACUACAACUUGACGAUGGCGGCGGCACAGGCCGGCAACUCAGAGGCCGCGCUCGUUUUCCUGAGCGCAUACGCGUCCGAGGGGUAUGACAGAGACAAUCUCACGACGUAUCCGAACGGCGACGCUUUGGUCCAAGCUGUCGCCGCUGUCAAUAAUAACACGAUCGUGGUGCUGCACGUGCCCGGAGCGGUCAUCGUCGAGGACUGGAUCGAACAGCCCAAUGUUACUGCUGUUCUCGUCGCUCAUUAUCCUGGUCCAGAGAGUGGGAGCAGCCUUGUGCCUGUGCUGUGGGGCGAAGUCUCGCCUUCGGGCAAGCUCCCAUAUACCUUUGGCAAGGACCUUGCAGACUGGCCUCCGAACGGAAUCGCCACCGACAACUCGACGCGUGUGGCCGAUUUCACCGAGAAGCUGCUCAUCGAUUACAAGUGGUUUGACGCCAAGAACAUCACACCACGUUUUGAGUUUGGCUUCGGCAUGAGCUACACGACCUUCUCGUACGGCCAGCUCACCCUAAGAAAGUCGUUCAAAGCCGAUGAUACGUCGAUCCAACCGACUGCGGAACAGUUUGUCGAGCUGUCGUCGGAUUCUGGCGGGAGCAUGUAUGAUGUGCUGUAUACCGCUACAGUGACCAUCAAAAACUCGGGCAAAGUCGCUGGUGCUGAAGUUGCCCAGCUGUACGUUUCGUUCCCGGCCGCAGAAAACAAACCUCCGCGCGUUUUGCGCGGUUUCGACAAGCUACACCUCGAGCCGGGACAACAUGGAACUGCGGCGUUUGAACUGACGAGGAAGGAUUUGUCGGUCUGGGACGUAGUCGAGCAGAAAUGGAGAGGUAGGUCGUGCUCUUCUUGGAUUCCUCGUGUUCUGAAGGUAAGGGUCAGUUCCGAGAGGGUCGUUCACGUUGCACGUCGGCGCGUCCAGUCGGGAUUUGCGCUCGAGUGUCGAGCAUGUAUUCAAUUGACCAAACUAUUCGACUGUUACUUUACUAGCCCUGUGGUCCAUGGAAUGCAAAGCUAUGCGCUGCCUAGUGGGGAGGCCAAGCGACUCGUUCUAAUCGUCGGCGACGGGCUGCGCGCGGACCUGCUCUUCACGAAGAACGGGUUCCCCGCCGACACGCGCGGGCCGGAUGCGCCCGCCGUCGUGGCGCCGCACCUGCGGUCCAUCGCGGAGACGCGCGGCGCGUUCGGGAUCUCGCACACGCGCGUGCCGACGGAGAGCCGGCCGGGGCAUGUCGCGAUCAUCGGGGGCAUGUACGAGGACGUGUCGGCUGUGAUGAAGGGCUGGAAGACGAAUCCGGUGGACUUUGACUCCGUGUUCAACCAGUCGAGCACGACGUUCUCGUUUGGGUCGCCGGACAUUCUGCCGAUGUUUGCGCGCGGGGCGGUGCCGGGGCGGGUGCUCACGUGGUGCUACGACGAGAGCGAGGAGGAUUUCACGAAAGACGCUACAGCCUUGGACAUCUGGGUGUUUGAUCAACUGCAAUCGCUGUUCAGAAACGCGACAACGGAUGCUGCGCUGGAUGCGCGACUGCGUGCUCCCCAGGUGGUCUUCUUCCUGCAUCUGCUCGGUCUCGACACGACGGGCCACUCGUACCGUCCCUUUUCGGCCGAGUACAUGAACAACAUCCGCGUCGUGGACGACAUCGUCCGGCGCACGGAGCGAGCCGUGCGCGAUUUCUUCCAGGACGACGAGACAAGCUACCUCUUCACGGCGGACCAUGGGAUGUCGGUCAUCGGGAACCACGGGGACGGGCAUGCAGACCCCGACAACACACGCACGCCGGUGAUCGCAUGGGGCCGCGGGGUCCGCGGACCGCUCCCCGAUACGUCCCCGACGUCGCAUGAAGCAUCCUCGUCGCCGUGGGAGCUCGGACAUCUCUACAGGAGGGACGUCGAGCAGGCGGAUCUCGCGCCGCUCAUGGCUGCGCUGCUGGGCGUGAACUGGCCUGUCAACUCGGUCGGAGUGCUGCCGGACGUUGACUCCUCGCGUCCGGGGUUCUUGGCCCCGGCUGGCGGCGAGCGGAGGCUUGCGGAGGCUUCUGCUGUGAAUGCAAGGAUGAUUUUGGAGCAGUAUCGAGUGAAACACGAACUGAAGCAAUCGCAAACUGUCUGGUACAAGCCGUUUCCCCGACUUGUUGCGUCGCAGAUGGACAGCAUCGAGAAAGCUCUGGACGCACAGCAAUGGGACUCCGCGCGGAAGCUGGCGGCGGGGGUCAUACAAGACGGGCUCGACGGGCUGCGCUACCUGCAGACGUACGAGCGAAGACUGAUCAAGGGCAUGGUCAUCGCCUCCUAUCUCGGCUGGGCGGCGUACGCCGCGCUCUUCAUCAUCCGACCGCUCGACGCGCAUGGGAUCUCAGUUCGCGGAUACCAAGUCGUCACGAGCACUGCGCUUGGAGUCCUGGGUGCCUUUUGGGCCCUGUUCGCUGUCCAGAAAUCGCCGUGGACGUAUUACGUGUAUGUGGCGUUUCCGUGCUACUUCUGGCAGCAGGUCGUCCUGCAGAUGACGCCGUAUAUCCGUGCUCAGAACAGCGGAGGAUGGCGGUUCGGACGGGGCCUGUUCUAUGCGGCGGCAGUGUUUGUCGUCCUGCAGAGCAUGGUGCUGGCUUACGUGCACCGGUUUAUCUGGAGCGUCGGUUUUGUUGUCAUUGGUGUCCUGUGGCCGUUGACAUCAGGAUUGUGUGAGACUCGUCUGUGGUCCUUGUCGUGUAUUGCCACGGCUAUAUUCCCGCUGUUAUCUGUGGACAAGGAGGAAAGCAUUUCGACUAUCACAUUGGGCGGAUGCUCCAUGCUCGCUUUCGCUGCUCUCUUUCUCAAGUUCGGCGGGCUGAGAAAGCCACCGACACGGUUGUUUGCAAUUCAGGCAGGACUCAUUGUGGCAGCCAUGGUUGUCACUGCAAGUUCUGUGCAUCACCUGCAGAAUAAGCUGGGGCUGCCACUUGCCAACCAAGUCGCGGGGUGGGCGAUCCUUGUCCUUGCGUCGGCGUUGCCCUUUGUGACGACAACAUCUGGCGCCGAUGCGCACUCGAAGCUGCUGAUGUUCUUCCUGGCGUUUGGCGUUUGUUUUGUGAUUCUUUCCAUCAGCGUGGAAGGAUUGUUCUACGUCGCGUACUCGUCGACUCUGUUGCAGUGGAUCCGGAUCGAGCAAUCGGUGCGAGGGAAGGACAUCAGGGCCUCUACACAGUACAGAUUUCAAGCAGACGAUAUCCGGAUCGCGCUGUUCUUCCUGUUUUUCGUGCAGGUCGGCUUUUUCGGCACGGGAAACGUGGCCUCGAUCUCGUCGUUUUAUCUGGCGCCAGUGUAUCGAUUGAUCCCGAUAUUCAGUCCAUUUGCCAUGGCGCUGCUUCUGGCAAGUGGAGAGGCGGCGACUCGCCGGGCUGCAAGGACUAAUGGCCUGCUCAUAGGUGUUCAAGAUUGUGGCGCCGUACAUUAUGCUUUCGGUCGUGUUUGCGACCCUGAACAACGCGUUGCGCUUACCGCCGUUCUCGCUCUUCCUCGUCGCAUUGACUCUCACAGACGGGAUGACUCUGGCUUUCUUCUUCAACGUGACGGACACGGGUUCGUGGCUGGAAAUCGGCCAGUCGAUCACCUUCUUCUGUGUUGCAUCGCUGCUGCUGGUGUGCUCCUGCUGCCAGGGCUGUGGGAUCCCGCUCGGCGCGAGAACAGCCAUUCGGAGCCGCUGGACGAAUGGCGGAACACGAUUCUCCUGCAGCCUCGAGACAGCGCACUUGCAAAUGGGGCGGUCGUAAGCCGGGUGGAACAUCUCAAAGAGGGGCCCGAUACGCCUCGACAACACGAGUUCCUGCGCGUCCACGUGCUCCACGAGGCCACGGGCGAGCAGACUGUUUUGAUCGUCGAUCGCGAGUUUCGGAAUCGCCCGGACGAGGAUCGCCGUGCGUACGAGCCCGAGAGCCCGGGGAGCGGGAAGCGGUCCUCGCUGGAUUCCAGGCUGACGAUGUCGCCGAUCGCGGAGAGUUACGCGGAGGAUACUAGGAGCACGGGCAAACGAGAUGUGCCGGAGGAGCGGGGCCGCAGUCUCGCCAUACACCUGGACGCGGGCUACACCGUGACGUGCCGGUCCCCGUUCGCGUCGACCCACUGCGCGCUCGACUGGGUGCACCGCGGCGUCGCCGAUAUCGAGCGACGCAGGGGCGCGGGCGGGAGGCGGCUCCAGAGCGUGGUGUUCCCCGAGCGCAGCCGCCCGUCGGUGGUCCGGUUCGCGCUGCUGCUUGGGGCGGUGUCGGGCUUUGCGCCGCGGUAUCAUAUCGGGGAGUAUCAGUGUCAGUGGUUCGUCCGAGCUGUGGUUGAUGCGAUGCGGGUGGAGUUCAAGGGACAGUGUCAGGCUGGGAUCGACGUUGAGGAUAUGGGGGCUUGGAAGGGCGGACGCUUCAGGUAUGUUGACCCGUCGCAUUCAGUCCUGGUGGAGUACGAGAGGCAGAUGGAUGCAUAUACCGCGGCCUUCAAGGAGAUGCAGCAGCGGAAUGGCGAGCCCGACGUGGAGUGGACGGAAAAGUACUGUAAUCGACAAACGUUCAACGGCCAAAGCCGGGGCCGACGCGGCGUGCCGAACAAGAGUCAGACCCCUCGGCCCAUCAAUUGGGUCUUGGUGGACGCUUCCCACUGGCAGGGAAGCUCCCCUCAUCCUAACCGUUUCUCAGCCCCGUCAACUCGUACACGACACACCACUUCAUCCAUGCCCAGUACGCCCGGGGCACAGACAGCCCCCUCGCUGACACCGAGGCGAGCCUCCAAGAUGGCUUCGAACCAGGCUCUCAACCUGAACCAUCUCCUCAACUUCACGCUUCCCCCGCGACAGACGCACUCGACCCAGGCACUCCCGAGGAGGAGCAAGAAGCCCACUCAUCAGGCGGUGUGGAAUAAAGAGCGGUUCGUCAACGCCCAGUAUCGCUUCGUCAUGAACCCGCAUGGCGACUACACCGUACAUUUCGCGGAUCCGGACAUAUUCUUCCAAUGGCAAGACAUCCUGCAAGUCAUCAUCCCCCGCUCCUCGGCACUGGCGUCCGCUGGGUCAAGCAGCGAGGCCCAAGGGGCGUCCGAGGGCCAUACGACGUGUCCCAUCUGCCUCGCUCCCCCCUCUGCCCCAAGGAUGACCAAAUGCGGUCACGUGUUCUGUUUCCCCUGCAUCCUUCACUACCUGAGCCCACACGACAAAGGGUGGGCGCGGUGCCCCAUCUGCUUCGAUUCGGUGCACGAGAAACAGCUGAAGAGCGUCAAGUGGUUCGACGGCCCGAUCCAUGUCGAGGAAGAGGUGGAUGCUCCUGUUGCCGGCUCGUCGUCCUCUGGAUCCGUGGAUGCCGGAUUCGAGGCGUCGCCGCGACCGGGGACGACCAUGCGCCUGCGCUUAAUCCAACGCCCGCAGAUAACGACCAUGGCGCUUCCCCGAUCGCACACCUGGCCGUCCGAUCUCUUGCCGCCCCAUCAGGCGCCGUUCCACUUCCUGCCGGAUGUGUUCGACUAUGCCAAGUUCAUGCUCGCGACCCCGUCGUACCUCAUCACAGAUCUAACACGAGAUCUAGACGAGCUCGCGUCCGAGCGGCGGUUGCUGUCUUCGAUGUCCGAUCCUCUGGGAAUCGUGUUCGUGGACGCUGCGGAGGAGAAGGUGAGACACCAGAUGACGAACGCGGAGGAAUUGCACACUCCGUUCUUGCAAGAGAAGAUAGAUCGCGCUGCGAGAGAUCUGCGGGAGAUCGAGGACCGGGUCGUUUCGCAACGAAAUCGACGCAAGCAGGAAGCAGCAGCACCCCAAUCUGAGGCAGCCCCGCACGAGUUUCUCGCUCUCACGUCCGAUUCGGUUGUUGGACGUGGGAAUCGUUCCAGGCGCAACGUGAAUCCGCCACCACCCUCGACUUCGACGUAUUACUACUACCAAACUGCGUCGGGCUUGCCUGUCUUCCUACAUCCGCUGGACAUCAAGAUCUUGUUGUCUCAUUUCGGCGGAUACUCGUCUUUCCCCGAUCUGAUAACGGUGCAAAUCGAGGCUGCCAGCGAGGGCACAGUGAAUGAUGAUCUGCGCAAACGUUGCAAGUAUCUCGCACACAUGCCCGAAGGCGCCGAUGUCGUUUUUGUCGAAGCAAAUCUGCACGGGGUCGUGGGCGAGUCUGGGCUCAAGAGCUUCGAGAACGCUCUGAAGCUGCGUGCUGGGCGCCGCAAAGAGAAGGGUAAGAAGGACGACCGGGCCCGUGCCCGCGCCGAGGAGCGCGAGCGCGACAAGGUGCUAGCCACGACGACGACAACGUGGACGUUUGCUUCCCAGGCGGUGGCGCCCGUGCGGGAUGAAGUCGUCGUUGCUCCCCAGGAGUCGCAGCAACCGUCUGGGGUCUGGGGAGCCCGCACUUUCGCUGCCGCAGCUCAUUCGAGCUCGAGUGCGACGCACCAGCCUGCGGCCGCCCGCGCGCCCAGUGCAGCGCCGCGGUGGAGAGAGGAAGAUGACUGGGAGAUGGAGGCUGCUUGGGACGACUUGGAGUCACGUGUGACCUCUGGAAAGAAGCGGGGGAACAAGCUUGUCGUUCUCGGUGGCGGUGGAGCGGGCCGACGCAGGCGCUGAUAUUCUGACCUUUAUCUAUAUUAACCGCAAUGUGUAGCACCAAGUACAGAAACCAAGAAGAAACCUAUUGUCACAUGGAUGGUUCCCAUGUUGUAUAACUAAAAUGGGGACGACUUGCUGCUGGG